UCUAUCAAAGUUCAAAAGAAGAGAAGAAACUUUAAUGAUUCAGAAAAUGCCAAAAACAGUCCUGUUCAAAGAAGAUGGAUAAAGAAGAUUACAAUUCCCGAUGUUCUUUUAAUUUUGCUACUUCAAUUCAUUUGGAUUUUGCCAUUGCAAACUAUCUAGAACGUUGCUUACUUCCUCUUCGAAUUUAUUGCUACACCGAUCCUGAUCUUUUAGCUGUUCGUCGAGCUUUAAGAUCCUCAACUGAAGAUUGUGCUGCCUACUUUUUUGCACAGAAUAAUGGGAAAGACAAUGAACGUUUUAUCGACAACGCCGGUGAUCGUGACAUACAAAAUGGUUUUUCAUUUUGCAAUUCGAACAAAUCGAUUAGCACUUUACUUCAUCCAUGGCGAAGCAAUUUGGACGAUCCGAACUUGAAGAGAGUUGUUGUGAUUCGAACAGCUCCUCGCGCUUUAGAAUACCGCAAAUUUAUACGAGCCUCAUGGAAAACAGCAGUAGAACAACACAGUGAUGGUCCUGUUAUUUUUGUAACGGGUCGAGACGUAACUGAAUUGUCUUCAGAGAGUAGAGAACAUGGCGACAUUCUUCAAAUGGAUUUUGAAGACUCCUACAGGAAUUUAUCUACUAAAAUGAUGGGAAUUUAUAGUUAUUUUACUGCUCACGCAAAUAUUCAACAAAUUGUGGUUAUUAACGAUGAUACAAUUGUGAAUGCUACAGCAUUGAAUGUUUUAUUUCAUCAGAUUGAACACUGGCAAAAUACUUCAACUUCCCCUGAUGAUAAACGCUAUUUGAUUGGAAAAGUUUCUCGUGGAUAUCCUCGGCUGGUUUUUCCAUGGUUGCCUUGGUAUGUCUCUGCUGAACAAUAUCCUCACAAAUGCUAUCCACCGUUUGUUCAAGGUUCAAGUUUUAUCAUUUCCCGCGAUGCUGCUGUAGACAUUCUUCAACGUAUUUGUGAUUUUCCAUGGAGGCAUGUUCACUUGGAUGAUGUUCAAAUGGGAAUUGUUACAAAAUGUUUGGGAAUAAAUAAUUUUCAUCGAGAAGGUUUUGAUGUUGGGCACGGAUUGGAUCAAUUUACUGUUUUCCAUUAUCAGUUUUCUCGAUACCCUGCCAGUCUUUUGAUGGAAAUGUUCAAAACUGUUCGUCAUUUAAUCUCUUGUUAAAUUUUUGUGGAUGUAUUAUCAAGCCUGCUUC